GGGAAAGAAAGAGCAGAGCUUGUGUUUCCCUCUCUCUCUCAUCUUACAUGGAAGAAGAAGAAGAUCUAUGCAAAUCAUCAUUAUUCUACUCGGAUCAGCUCCUCUGCUACGCAGAAAUCCUCCCACCUUCUCAGGUCCGGGCGAGAAUCGAAGUAGCAGUCUUGAAAUUUCUCAAGAUCUUGACUUCUCCAGCUCCGGCUGUAACCGAUCUUUCCCUGAUCAAUAGGAGUUUGAAUAACAGCCAUAUGCGUCGUGGGCUGCUCAGCCAUGUUCCUUCAAUCUUCCUAUCUCAUUCCUUCUGCACAAGGUCUCUCAUGAGAGCCCAUGAUGCCAAGGCCUUCAUUAGAGUGUGGAAAGUCAUGGAGCUCUGUUUCCAGAUCCUGAUUCAGGAAAAACAGGUCACCCAAAGGGAGCUCUUCUAUAAGCUUCUCUGUGACUCCCCAGAUUACUUCACUUCUCAAAGGCAGGUCAAUGGAACUGUACAAGAUGUCAUUGCAUUGCUCCGGUGCAGCCGCCAGAGUCUUGGGAUUAUGGCAUCUAGCAGAGGCACCGUCGUUGGGCGCUUGUUGUUGCAGGAGCCAAACCAAGAGAUGGUGGACUGUUCUGUACUUGGGUCUUCUGGAUAUGCCAUAACUGGGGACUUGAAUUUGUUAAACAAAUUGGUUAUACAAUCAGAUGCUCGGUAUAUUAUCGUGGUGGAGAAGGAUGCUAUUUUCCAGAGGCUGGCUGAAGACUGCAUAUUCAAUCAGGUCCCAAGCAUUCUGAUUACUGCCAAAGGAUACCCAGAUAUUGCCACCAGGUUUCUUCUACAUCGACUGAGCACAGAGUUUCCAGAACUACCAAUCUUGGGAUUGGUUGACUGGAAUCCAGCUGGACUAGCAAUACUAUGCACCUAUAAGUUUGGAAGCAUAGGGAUGGGCUUGGAGGCAUAUAGAUAUGCUUGCGAUGUUAAGUGGUUAGGAUUGAGAGGGGAUGAUCUAAAACUUGUACAUCAACAUUCAUUUGUUCUGUUGAAGCCACGUGACCUUCAAAUAGCGAAAAGUAUGAUGUCCUCCGAGAUAUUACAGGACACCUACCGAGCAGAGUUGACGUCGAUGCUUCAGAGCGGUCAAAGGGUGGAGAUUGAAGCUCUCUAUACCCAUGGAUAUGAUUUCCUGGCAAAGUACAUUGUGAGGAAGAUUGUACAAGCUGAUUACAUCUAAGCCCAUAGCCAGAAUGAUCAUCAGAUGGGGCCUAUCAUCUAUGUCCCAUGGACCAGAAUCAAGUGAAAUGCUUAAAAAAUAUCAGUUCUUUGGCAAUUUGAUAGGUGGCCCGCCUGAUUUCAAAGCCACGGCAUUUAACAGUGUGCCCCACUUGAUAAAGGGCCCAGAUCUUACACGUACACUUUUUUGCACUUGAUUGCUCUUUUUUUUUUUCAAUUUCUUACUUUCUUGUACUUCUGGUAUUGGAAAGAUUCAUACAGUAGGCUGGUAGGGCCUUAUUCCACAUUCAACUGAAGGUUGCAAUUCAAAAUCAAAACUAGAAGUGCUCAUGUGAUCCAAAGAAGAAGAAAUUUGAUCUGAAAAUGCCAAUUUCUUUAAAGGCAGUAUGCAAUCAAAGGCUUAGAAAGUGAAGAAGUGUCA